CGGCCGUCAUUCGUGAGCAAGUGUUUGGUUAGAACAGGUCGGUCUACUUGGUUCCGCUGGAGAAGAUUUCAAACAGAAAAUAAACUUUUUUCCUACAUAACUAAUGUUGACCAAUGAACUAGUACUGUGAAGGUGUGACGAAAUCUACUAAAGUGGGGAAGCGAUCUAGUGAAUGAAUUUUUGAGUGAAGUGGAUCCGGUCUUGAAUCGAUUGAUACGGGAUUAACAUUUUUACUUUGAGUGGGGAAGAAAAAGGAAGUACUCGUUCCAGACGUCGUCGUAGCCUUUGGGGGAGCGUGUUUCUGAUUGUAUGUAGUGUUGUUCAAUAAUCGUAAAAUAUCGUCUGUAUGUGUGCACCUAUAAGGGCAGUCGCCUUGAGUGUUACAGUGCUGUGUGUGAACUGGUGUGAAGAAUCUGUCUUCAUAGCCGCCGCCUGCUAUGUUAGCGCAGUGUGUGCGAGACAGAUGACUGCUAGAUGAGUGAAAAAAAUCAAUCAAAUAAAUCUUCAUUAAUUAUGGUGUUACGUUUCCCCUCUCUUUCACUGGAAAUGUUUUAUUAUAAGCCAAGCAGCUAGAAAUUGUGUGGUCAAACGAAGGAAAGAAAAAAAGUCUCACGUCACGUUCGUUCGAGCGAAGACUGCUAAUCGUCUAAAUAACGAAGAAUGAAAGCAUGUUGCAAUCAUAAAUAAAGAAAGAAAAACCCCCAGAAGAUUAUAUCCUACGUGUGUUAGUGGCAUUUACAGUGAAAUAUCAGUAACUUGAACUGAGUUAAGUUAAAACAUCAAAGUUAGCCCCUUCAAAUUACCAUUUGUUGGGUUGAUACCUGUUAACAGUGUAGUCAGCAUUGUCUUGCAUUUGCAGUGAAGAGAGAAAUUACAAAACAUUAAUCGACUCUCUCUCAGCCACUGCCAGCGCCGUUGAUGGACAAACAGGUUAUUCACUAAAAAUACAAAUUCAUUGUAAUUGAAUCAUCUAUGUUCGGAUAAAACGGACACCAAGACCAACGCACGGUUCUCCGGGAGCACAUCCGUCGUGCCGUGGUGGCCAUCACCACCAGCAGAGAGUUCUGAGGAGAGAAUCGGACAGCUUCUCUCCCUCUCACGCUUUCUCGGUAGAUUAGGAGAGGUGAGUGUCACCACUACCAUCGCGAUCCGGCGAUUCCUGCCCAGGGGGUUCCGGGGUGGUAAACAACACAUUGGCCCUCUAGGUUGUAGUCUACGACGAUUACCCACGCUGACGGUCGGUAAAAACACCCGAAUCGAAUCCCCUGCCUGUGUGUGGAGGAAAUUUAAAACUUCUGGCUCUCUCGGCUGAGACUGCCGACGACGGUGCGGAACAUGAACCAGCACCACAACCAUCGGAGCUCGGAGGAACAGCAGUUCUCCGCGAGCAGCAGCAGCCGAAAGAUGUAGGGAUUACACACAACCCGCGCGCAUCAUUCGUCGAAGAAUCGGUGUAAAGUUUUUCCCCCCUGCAAAGAAGAGUAGAAGAAGUGGCAGAACCACCCCCCGUAGCAGGAUGGCCGCGGCAGGAUGUUAAACUACACUCCCUCGCUCUCUGUGGAAUUACGUUCAGUUUUCGUGCAAACGUGAAAGGAUUAUCUAAUUAGCCGCAGCUGUGUGCUGUGGAAUAAGGAAUAAGAAAAUGCUCUGCUGUGAGUCGGCAGCUGGUGGUUCCGGAGGCGCCGGUACAGGCUGCAGUCGUAAUCAAGGUGGCAAUAGAAUGAUGGGCAGUAAUGGGCCGAUGCGUCAGCCGGACAGCUUGCUGGACAUUACGGCGCGGCUGGUGGCACAGAAUGAGCCGUUUCAGAAGAUCGAAGAGCGGUACGAUCGAAUACCGGAACCGGUGCAGCGGAGGAUCAUCUACUGGUCGUUUCCGCGCAACGAGAAGGACAUCUGCAUGUACAGCUCGCUGUCGAGGGUCUCAUCGAUAAACUCCGUCGAACCGCAAAGUCUGAGCUUCUGCGCUGGCCUCAAGCUGGUCGAGUCCGGUUGCGUCGAGGACGUUCUGCAGGUUGGUUUCCACCUCAGCGGCGUCGUGUGGUCCUACCCGCCAAAUCACAACCACCGACACUCGUCGUCGUCGUCGUCGUCAAACGUCCCAUCCGGUGGCCGUAAUGACCUGCCGUACCAUCCGUACGCCAACGUCAACGUCAACAACAAUCACCACCACCACCCGCAUAACAACUACAUCGGAAACAAUAAUCAUCAUCAUAAUCCGCACAACCAUCGCCCUUUGACGCCCCCACCAUUGCACCAGGCGGCCCCAUUGCCACCGCCGCCCGGUGGUCCCCCGGGUGGUCCACCGAUGGCAGCGGGCGCGAUGGCGGUGGUAAUUCCGCCCCCACCCGGGAUUGCCCAACCAGUACCACCACAAUACAACAAUAAUCCGAAUAUUGAUCGUGAUGGAUUUAACAAUAUUUCAACCUCGUCAUCUUCAGGCUCGGGUGCGGGCCACAUGGAAGAGAACAAAAAAUUCAAAGUGUCAGUCAGCUUCGAUAGAUGUAAAAUUACAUCGGUCACGUGCAGCUGUGAUACCAAGGACAUCUUCUGGUGCCAUCAUGUCGUUGCGUUAGCUCUGUACAGGAUACGAAACGCCGAAACCGUUAAACUAAGAGUUCCUAUAUCAGAAACAUUACUACAAAUGAACCGCCAACAGUUGCAAAAGUUUAUCCAAUACUUGAUCUCCGAACAUCACACCGAAGUCCUGCCGACGGCUCAGCGCCUAGCGGAUGAAAUCCUGCAGCAAAGGUCGGAAAUCAACUCGAUCUGCGGGGCACCGGAUCCGACGGCCGGAGCUUCCAAAGACGACGAUCACUCGUGGCAUCUGGACGAGUCGCAGGUGUGCGAAGCGGUCAAGACCUACCUCGGCCAGGGCAGUUACUAUUACAGCAGCAAGCACUUGAACUCCCUUUUUGGAAAGGUGCGCGAAAUGUUGCGCGCCCAGGACUCGAACGGAGCGCGGAUGCUAACGCUCAUCACGGAACAGUUCCUAAACGAUCCCCGGUUGGUUCUGUGGAAAAACCACGGAACUCCGAUGACGGAAAAGUGCCGACAGCUAUGGGACCAGCUGGGAGCGCUUUGGGUUUGCAUCGUGCUUAACCCAAAAUCAACCCAGAUAGAACGACUGCACUGGAAGGCCCUGCUGGAAAAGUGGUCCAAAAGCGAUGUUUGUCCCCAAGAAGAUCCAGACUUGCGUACCUCUACACGGGAGAGCAUUCGGGAGCGUUCGAACCGUGAGCGGGAGCGAGAUCGUAACCGUUUCUUCCGAGAAAACAACCUGCGGAACAUGAUGUACUACAACCAGAACAAUGCCAACGCAAACGAUCAAUACCGCAGAAACUACAAUGAUCAACACUUUAACGGACCGCCUCAGGAGGGUCACAACAACGGCCAAAAUGAGAACUACGAUAGUUCCGAGUCGGAUUCGGACUCUGACGAGGACAUGGAAGAAGCGAAUGAGCCGGAAAACGGUGAAAAUGACCGCGCCGAUGCGGCAAACGCCCCGGACGAACAGAACCGUAACGUUGACGUUGACGUUGCCAACAUCCUGCAGGACAUCAACUUUGGUGUGAACGGCGAAGCGGGCAAGCCCGAGGAAAACGAUUACAUCAACCUGAACUUGCUGAAUGAAAACAGUCGCCUUAAUCCGAUACUUCCGGAAAACGACGACAGCUCGCGGGAAUCGAUGGACGUCGACAAUGACGCAGCGAUGGCCGGUCCGAGUGGACUCAACAGUGGCAGCAAAAACCCCUGCAUUUGCGGGGCAGAAAAGUGCGGCUGCAAUCGACCCGUGUUCUUCGACGAGCUCAAACCCAGCAAGUUUUUCGACUGCGAAGCGUCCAAUUUCAUGGUGACGGAAGACGCCAACCAAGGCUGCGAACCGUUGAAGGAGAACGAACUCGACCUGGUUCACGAGGGACCCGUGGAACUGGGCGGUGACGCUGAGGAUAAGGUAGACAACAAGACCUGUGAUAUUUUGCGAAAGGACGGCAGCGUGCUGAACUCGUUUGAAGACCUUGCCGUACCGGGACCGUCUGGGUUGGGAAGAAUCUCGUUGGCCUCUAAGCCGGUGGCGGAAAUUUCGGUGCCCGUGCCCGCAGACGACUGUAAAUGCCAUAGUGAUAGCGAUAGUCUGAUUGCUUCUUGCAGUAGCAACAAUGAACCAGGCGCGUGCAGCGGUGGCAGCAGCAGCAGUGAAGAUAAGUUACAAAAACCGGAAGAUUCGGCCCAGUCUAGUCAAGCGAACGAAGAUAAGGAAGUUCCUCGGGAAGAGGACCAAAACAAAGUCAACCAAAACGACGCCGAAGAGCCCCAACCGGGUCCAUCGCGGGCGGCAGCAGCGGGGUAUGGCAACAAUAAAAGACCGCAGGCGGCACUGGCCAACGAACGCAACAAUGCUGAAAACAACGCACGACCUUGCAAACGAUUAAAGCUGAACAACGGAAACUGGCUCGGCAAGAACGUGAACAAAACUCCUCGGACAAUUUUCCACAAAGCAUUGGACGCCGUCAGCAUGACCUGGGAUAAUGACCACUUGAAGUUCAUCCUAGAAUCGGAAAGCUAUUCACUGCUCAGUCAAAACUCGGUGCAAAUAGCCGGAUCUAGCAAGUCAACUAGCAACAGUCCAAGCUCAAAAACGAACUUCAACACGCUCGGUCAACCGCUGUGGCACGAACAGAUAUCGAUGACCGCGGCCCGGAUCGAUUCGCUUCGCUCUCAUGGCCACAUCGAGGCCGCCCUGCGGCUAUCCGUAAGCGUGGUUCGCACCAUGCGUGAAAUCCAGCGUGAUGCUCAAACACUUUGGCAUCGCCACAAACCAAAGAUCCCAGAGGUUAAGCCUGUCCCGGAACCAGUAUGCAGCUGUCCAGGCCCCAGCAAGCCUGUGGAACCGCCGCAACAAUUUCCUUCCAGUUCAUCGUCGGCGUCCUCCUCCUCUUCUUCAUCGUCUUCGUCCCGGAAGGGAGAGAUGCCUCCUCCUCCCGUUCCAGGACCCUCUUCGUCGUCGUCCUCGUCCUCAAGUUCCUCCAGCAAAGUAAGCUGUCAAUGCCCGGCACACCAAAGUCACAUGCAACCUCCGCCGCCCCCGCCUCCUCCGGUGCCGCCACACCAGCAACAGUUCCAGCAGCAUCCUCAAAUGAAAAAAGACUGCUCCAAAUGUCUACAGAUCAAAUGCUAUUACGAGUCGGUUGGUUCAAGCUCAUCUUCAUCGAAGCACAACUAUUACAACAGCAUGAUCCGCAGCAGCAGUAGCCGGAACGGGAUGAUUUGUCACUCGUCCAAGUGCAACCCAUUCAUUCCGCCGCCAGCGGAAAUGUUCCGAAACCCGCAGCCGCACUGUAGUCGCGAUUAUCGCUACAUGAAGUUCAACAUGCCCCCGCCUCAACACCACAUGCACCAUCACCACCACGGUCACGGUCACGGCCAUCAGCCUCCAAAUGUGCCACCACUGAUUGGGCCUCCGCCACCGGCGGGGCCACAUCACCAUAUGCAUAUGCCAAACCACGGUGCCGUUCCGCCGCCACCAGCGGUUAUGCCCGGAGCCGAGCAUCCUCCUCCGCCCCCGAUGGGCCCCAAAUGCAACUGUCCUGUACAUAAAGACGACACGGCAGGACCGUCAUCGCAACCUGUACCGCCACCGGCGGUCCCAGGAAGCUCGUCCGCGCAUCCAGCUCCUCCUCCACCACCACCUCUGGCACCGUUCCAUCCCCAAGAAGCCAUGCCGAGGCCGCCAAUUCCGUCGUGCGCUCAGCACGAUAAAAAUCAGUGCUGCAUCAAGAACAUGUGCUGCAAGAUCCAAGCUUCCCGAGGCCCCUCGUCGUCGGCAGCCGGUCCAUCGUCCGCACCGCAAUCAUCUUCCUCCUCCUCUUCGUCUUCAUCGUCCCAGUUUAUGCCACCGCCACCACAGCCCCAACUACCAGGGCCAUGCAACUGCGGCAUACACCCGGGAGGUCACCACGGCCCGAUGUACGGUGGUCCCAUGUACGGCGGCCCCAUGCCAGGACCGAUGCCCGGUCCAAGCACAUCCCGGUGCGUUGCCAAACCGUACGAUCGACCUCCUCCGGUAUACCAGGAGUGCGACAUGAACGGGUGCUCAUCGAAGGCCAAACCUUCUUCUUCUUCGUCGUCGUCUAGUCGCGAAGCUUCAGCGGGACCGUCCUUUGGCAGCUUGGCCGCCGUGAAGGUACACCAACCGGAAUGUGCCCUGCACAAGAAGUGUGGUGAAGCUGGCGGUAGCAGCAGCAGCAGUGGAUCUUCAAAGUCCAAAGCAAGCUCGAGCGGCAGCUACGGAGCGACCAAAGUCACUUCCCUGCUGGAUCCGAUCAAGAUCAACCGCAAGCCAAACUGUCUGUCCAAGUGUAUCGACUGCAGUGUCGGCUGCGAGGUGGAGUUCCCGCUGGACGCGAUCGCCUGCAUCUUUGACUGUCUGACCGAGGCGUGCAUCAUGCCGGAGGCGAUGGUCAACGAAAUGAGCCGGAUGGCGUAUGAAAUCGGUGCCAACGGCCAAGGCAAUGCGGCAGCACCGGAAGAUGUGAACAUUAUUCCGCCCAAGUAUCGUCACAUUCCGGUGCCCGGCAGCAAGGAUCGCUACGAAACGUACUUGACACUGGCCUUCGAGGCGGCCAUUCUUGCCCUCAGCAAGCAGCGGAUUAUGCCCCAUGGUCUGUACGCGCAGCACGUCGUUUGCAAACAGCAGGAUCAGCUCAUUUCACGACUGAGAAAUAUUGAUCUUGAUCAGAUGUUGAUCGACGUGCUGAAGAGUCUCAGCAUACAACUGUUGGAGGGUGGUCCUACCAGCGGCCUGGGUGAGAUGAUUCAUCCAGAGUCCGUUCCGAUGCACACGUUGGCACGGUUCCUGUUCGCAUCGCUGCUCAACCAGUAUCCAGAUCUGGCGUUCAACAUCGGUCUACGCGCGAUGAGAUUCCCCAUCCUGGAAAACGUGAACGAGGGUUCGAUCAACGGGAUCGAGAUGCAGCACAACAACUUUAUGCAGUCGCCGUACCCUCGUUGGUGGACACUCGGUCACCUGGAGACGCAACAGUGCUCGCUCAGCUCGACAAUGAUGAGUGCGGCCAAGGGCGAUACCAAGCGGCUGUCUGCCGUGCUGGAAAACGCCCGUCGCAACAUCCACAGCUCGUCGCAUUUGUUCAAGUUGGCCCAGGACGCGUUCCGAUUUGCCACGCCGGAGAACGGCCCCCGCAGCCAAACGCUGCUCGGGGUCGCGUUCGAGCUGGGUCUUCAGGUUAUGCGCAUGACGCUGACCUGCCUGAACUGGCGCCGCCGCGAGAUGGUCCGCUGGCUGGUUACGUGCGCGUCCCACGUCGGUCUCGAGGCCCUCAUGUCGAUCAUGCAGAAUUGGUACCACCUCUUCACGCCAACGGAGGCCACCGGUCCGGUCGCGACCACCAUCAUGUCACACUCGACGAUCAUGCGCCUGAAUCUGAACUUCCGCCAGCAGGACGAGCUGUCGAACUGUGCGCGAACGCUGGCCCUGCAGUGCGCCACCAAGGAUCCGCCCAACUGCGCGUUGAAUGCGCUCACGCUGUGCGAAAACGACGCGAUGGCCUUCGAGACGGCGUACCACAUUGUGAUUGACGCCGCGACACAUAUCAUGACUUCGAGUCAGCUGUUUACGAUCGCACGAUACAUGGAACACCGAGGCUACCCGUCGCGGGCGUACAACCUGGCGAUGCUCGCCAUGAAGAACGUCCAGCUGCAGUACAACCAGGACACCCAUCCGGCCAUCAACGACAUCCACUGGGCCUGUGCGCUGUCGCACUCGCUCGGCAAGGCCGAACUGUCCAAGAUGAUUCCGCUGGUGAUCAAGAACGUCCAGUGUGCCACCGUGCUGUCGGACAUUCUGCGCCGCUGUAGCGUUCCGACGCACGGCAUGCACAACUUUAACGCCCAUGGCAGAGGCAACAACAUGCGCCAGUGUAUGAAGCUGAGCUACGAUCGCGAACCGCUGAAUCAACUGCUUGAGGCCGCUGUCUCUGCCUACGUCAACACAACCCACUCCAGACUUUCGCACAUUUCGCCGCGCCACUACAGCGACUUUAUCGACUUUCUUAGCAAGGCGCGGGACACGUUCAUGCUGGCCCGGGACGGUCCGGCCCACUUUUCGCGCCUGAUCGAGAACAUUACCAUCGCGUACAAGGGCAAAAAGAAGCUGGUGCGCCAGGUGCGCCAGCGGUUCCAGUUUGUCUAAUGACAAUGACUUCGACUGCUAAAACAAAAGAAUGAAGAAGACACUUUUGAAACUAUUCAUAGCUAGAAUAACAAAUUAUAAUGCAAGUAGGUAUUCAUUUCAGUUGAAAUGGGCUUAGUUUUUUUUAUUAUUAUUUCCGAUCUUUGAUUUCGUUUAGGAAAUGAAAAGCAGUAUUACAAUUCGUAAAGACGUUCUUCCAACUUUGUUUAUUCACGUUUAUUUGUUAAUCGUUUCAAUAUUAUUCUUUCUUGACAAAUACCUGAUUGUUAUACAACCUUUGGUUCACCACCUUUGAGUGAUGAUUAUUUGCGUAGCAAAAUUCUCUCGACGUGCAACACUCGUUAACGCAUUUUCAGUUGAACAGGCGAAGGUUUUAUUUUGGCGGAAAAGUGAGAAUUGCCUCACGGUGUAAAUCAAUACUAUGAUAGUGACUUGUAGAGUAGACAAAUAAGCUUAGAACAUGACUUCCAUUUUUAAUAAAAUAAAAUAAUGGAAUCUAAUUUAUCUAAUUAAUAUAUAGGAAAUUAAUAUCGAGAUAAAUAGCUUACAAAAUAAAUUUAAAAAAAGAUGCGCAUGAUCUUCGAGCAUCUUGCUUUGAAUUCGAGUCGAAAAGUGGGCAGAAGAACUGAUUCAUUUGUUUAGCGAAUAAUUACCGAAAUUUGAGCCGAUUGCCGCGCAGCUGCAGGGUACACGAAUUGCGUUUCAAGUAUCUUUUCGUUCCCAAUUCAAAAAAAAAAAACAGUAAAACUUGUGCCACCAUAUCUGUGCCGAACAAACACGAUUGACUUAGAUUUCAGUUCGAUUGAAUGACAGACUAAUCCUUAGUAUAAUUUCACCAGUUUAGUUGAAUACCUCAUCUAUUUAAAUUUAUACUUAGUAAAAUUUAUAGCAUAAGUUUUGAAUCAGUCUGCGCAGAGCUCAGUACCGAUAAAGUUAAACAAAAUAUCGCGAGCAGAAUUCCUAUUUGAUUAAACAAGCAAAAUAGCGUCGGUAAUUAAAACAUAAAUACCUGCAUGCAAGAGAUAGCAGCCUAGUAGAAAAAAAAACAAAACAAAUAUUAUAAAAACACACACGCAAACCUGUUGAGAAA